CAGACCUUACAUAAAUCAUGGAUCCAUGUACUACAAUUACAAUUUCCCAAUAAGCCUUGGAAGAUACGUAUAUUAUCAUUGUAAAAUAAAUUACCUUUCCCAUCAGAGAGAAUACUGGGGAAGGAUAUAUUGUACUGACCUUGGAUGGGAUCCUAAACCAAAUUGCACACGACAAUGUUCAAGCAAUGAAGCUUAUGUUGAAAACGCAGAUCUUAUAGAUCGACAGUUCAAUUAUCUGGAAGGAGAAAAAGUGCAGUUUCAUUGUAAACCUAAUUCUUAUACACCAGAUGGAAAGACUGAUGGAGAAAGGACUUGUCUUCCUAAUGGAGAAUUUACUCCAGCCAAAUGUUCUACGCAAUCUUCAGGAUGAUUACAGUAAAUAUCUACAGGAAGUAACCGCAGCCGACCAUAAAACAAGAAGCUGAUA